AUGGGAGAUCGCUCACAACGUCAGCCAUCAUGGGUGCGGGAUGCGACGAGAAAUGUGCCCUGGAUUUUACUCACGGCGCAGUCCACUGGAUUCGUGUUGUUGGCUCAUUACUCCCGUGUUAUGCCGCCCACCGGUGGAAAGCGAUACCUGACCUCUACCGCGGUUUUCCUGAACGAGGUCGUCAAACUGACCAUUGCACUCACAAUGGCUCUCUACGACGUCUCGAAGACCGCACCGCCGUCCCUUCCCGCUACAUCCCUAUUCUUCUCUCUCACAAGCGCCGUAUUCUCAGGGGAUAGCUGGAAACUGGCUAUCCCUGCAAUUCUAGGUGUCCUUUCCAACUCCCUCCAAUACAUUGCUCUGUCCAAUAUGCGGGCAGCAACCUUCCAGGUCACAUUCCAGCUGCAGUUUUUGACAACGGCAAUCUUUGGUCUGAUGUUUCUGGGCCGCAACAUUGCGCCGCGCAAGUGGGGGUUGCUGCUAUUGUUGGUGGUUGGUGUUGCUUUAGUGCAGAUUCCCGAUGCCAACUCCGAGCCGAUGGCGUUACAGGAAGAUGGCUCUUCGCUCCACUUCCCUCGUUCUCUCGAGGAAUGGAAGGCUGUGAAGGGUGGUGGAAACCUACACAAGCGGUCUGCUACGUACGAGGGCAUUGAGGAGGAUAUUGAGACCAUUGACCCAAGGCUCAAUGCUGCGAUUGGUCUACUUUCGAUUAUUGGCGCUGCAGUCGCGUCUGGACUCGGGGGCGUCUAUUUCGAGAAGGUGCUGAAGGAUAGCUCGAGCCACACUUCUCUGUGGGUGCGUAACGUGCAGUUGGCUGUUUACUCUAUCUUCCCGGCUCUGUUCAUUGGCGUUGUCUUCCGAGAUGGCGACAACAUCGCCAAUGACGGGUUCUUCCAGGGCUACAACUGGCCCGUCUGGUCUGCUAUUGUUGUCCAGGCUCUUGGUGGCAUUCUCUCUACCUUUUCCAUCAGUCACGCACAGAGAGAUGCUAAGUCUCUGGCAACCACUGCGAGCAUACUCACAAGUAUCGUUGGAAGCUUCUGGCUCUUCAACUUUGAGCUCACGGCAAGCUUCUUUAUUGGCUCGGCUGCAGUCCUAGUCGCUGUUCACUACUAUGGUAACCCUAGCUUCAGCCCGUCGGGCAAGAUCCCUCCGCCAAUUCGCGUGGAUUCGUAUGAAAAGGAGGGCGGCGGUGAUGGAUCGCCUGUUGCACCACCUAAUGAUUUCUCCAUCAAGCUUCCAAGCUCCCCCUUCUUAUCAUCAGAUGGCAUGUCAAGCUCCCGACCCACAUCUCCUAACCCGGGCCAAACUCGUGUGAGCUCAAGUCGGAAUGUGAGCAGCAGCAGCUAUUUUGAAAAGGAGUAA